UUUGAAGUAAAAAGCUUUCUCUACUCCUCUCUUGUUUCCUCCACUUUAUUCUCCUCAAAUUCCAUUCUACUCUUUCACCCUACAUUGUCUUAUUUCUCAAUUUCUUUCUUCCCAUGAACAACCUAUUUUCUUCUCUUCUUCCUCUUUUUUAUUUCACCAUUCAUCUCUUAAAUUUCGGGAAUUGGCAGUUCCAGUAACUCCUGCUUUCAGUUGUUCAGAUCUUUGUUUCUUCUACAUCUGCAUUCUGUUGUAAGCAAAACCCACAAAAUCAUAUACUUCAACAACAUCCAUUAUUGGUAUAUCAGGAUACCCACAUGAAGUUGUGAAACAAUGAGAGAUGGGAGCUCCAACAAAAGCAAGCUUUCAUGGACCAAAUCACUCGUGAAGAAGUGGCUCAAUAUCAAGAGCAAAGCCCAAGACUUUCUCGCCAAUGAUGUCGAUUAUGGAGGUGGUGAUGAAUAUUGGAAGAACAACUUCUCUGAGAGGGAAGCAUGCACCACCAAGAAAAGCAAAACAGAGAGAAUGAAUAAAAGAAGCUCUGAUCGGGUUUGGCGAAGUAAGAUUGAUCUUGAUCCCUCACAGGUCACAGAUGUGCAUAAUUAUAGGAUUUUUGUUGCUACAUGGAAUGUGGGGGGAAAAUCUCCCCCAAGUUAUUUAAAUCUUGAAGAUUGGCUUCACACCUCCCCUCCUGCUGAUAUUUAUGUUCUUGGGUUUCAAGAAAUUGUUCCUUUGAAUGCGGGUAAUGUGUUGGGUACCGAAGAUAAUGGCCCCGCAAGAAAAUGGCUCUCUCUUAUUCGAAAGACUCUAAACAGUCUUCCUGGAACUAGUGGGAGUUGCCAUACACCUUCUCCAAUCCCUGAUCCAAUUGUUGAACUAGAUGCCGAUUUUGAGGGAUCAACAAGACAGAAAGCUUCGUCUUUCUUUCAUCGCAGGUCAUUCCAAUCCCUGAGCCGUAGCAUGAGAAUGGAUAAUGACAUGUCAAUGUCACAACCACGACUUGAUCGUAGAUUUAGCGUAUGUGAUCGAGCUAUCCUUGGUCACAGGCCUAGUGACUGUGACCAAAGUUAUAGAUGGGGUUCCUCUGAUGAUGAGAAUGUAUCUGGGGAUUCACCAGUUACUGCUCAGUAUUCUCAAUAUUCACCAACAUCCUACAGUGGAUCAUUUGCCAUGGAGGAUAGAGACAGACAGAGAGGGCACUCAAGGUACUGUUUGGUUUCUAGUAAGCAAAUGGUCGGAAUAUAUCUAACGGUAUGGGUGAAGAGUGAUCUCAGGGAUGAUGUUCGCAACAUGAAAGUGUCUUGUGUUGGCAGAGGCUUGAUGGGUUAUCUAGGAAACAAGGGUUCAAUUUCAAUCAGCAUGUCUUUGCACCAAACAACAUUUUGCUUCAUCUGCAGUCAUUUGACCUCUGGGCAGAAGGAGGGAGAUGAGCUUAGAAGAAACUCUGAUGUUAUGGAGAUUCUGAGAAAGACAAGGUUCCCCAGGGUUCAUGGCAUGAGAGAUGAGAACUCUCCUCAAACAAUUUUAGAGCAUGAUCGUAUCAUUUGGCUUGGGGAUUUGAAUUAUCGGAUUGCAAUGUCUUACCGUUCUGCUAAGGCUCUUGUUGAGAUGCACAAUUGGAGGGCACUGUUAGAGAAUGAUCAGCUCCGGAUAGCGCAGAGAAAAGGACGAGUGUUUGAGGGAUGGAAUGAAGGGAAAAUAUAUUUCCCUCCCACAUACAAGUAUUCAAAUAACUCAGAUAGAUAUGCAGGUGAUGAUAGGCAUCCAAAGGAGAAGCGAAGGACUCCAGCAUGGUGUGAUCGUAUAUUAUGGUACGGAAGAGGCCUAAAUCAAGUAUCUUAUGUUCGUGGAGAAUCAAGGUUCUCAGAUCAUAGACCCGUGUACAGUAUAUUUCUGGCAGAGGUUGAAUCUAUAAACCGUAACAGAAUCAAGAAAAGCAUGAGUUCUGCCAGUUCAAGGAUUGAGGUCGAAGAGCUGUUGCCAUACUCUCACGGAUAUACUGAACUCAAUUUCUUUUAAGGGUCAAAUUCCUUAGUAUGCUCCCUCAAGACAUCAAAAGCCAGAUCCUUUGUGCUGCACUUUUGCACAAGCAGUCCAAGAUCAUGUGAAGUAGAUGGGGUUCGGUAGGAGUUUCAAUACUGUUUUGCCAUCCCAGUCAAUCAGGGUCCAAAGAAGCUCGAUAGCGAUAGGGACACAUGCCUACAACCCGAAGAGAAGGAUUAGUCCAUGAUUGUAUUGAUUCCAAAUAUGCAUAUUUUGAAGGCUUUUCCUCUUUUACAACAGGUACAGAUUUAAUUGUGAUGAUAAUAAGUUGUGAGUCCACAAACUCGAUGGCCUGCAAUUGGUUUCAUGAUGCGAAAAGCAUACAGUCUCUAACUAGGUAAUAGAAGUUGACUAAUUGGCCUCAAUUAUUGUUUGGUGUAAAUGAUGGAAACAGCCAUAUCGAUUUGUUGAAUAUGUAAGACGUAGAACGAGGGGGGAGAAAUGUUAGUCUUGGCGAUUUUGGGUUUAUUGACAGUUGUUUAUUAGUAGAAAUAAAAAUAGAGUUGUUUGAUGCGAAAACAAGAUAGAGAAUGUUUUUCAGGAAUUUUUCCAG